CCGAGAGAGUGUGUAAGAGGAGAGGGGGUGAGAAUGGGUGAGCAAGAGAGAGGGAGAGACGCAGCCUGCCCUUCGCCUUAGAGCACAGACAGAUCGAGUCCCCGCAGCAUUGAAUGUAGUCGACUGUCACCUUUAUCUCAUAAUCAAAUUCAGCAAGAAUCGGGAUAAAGGUUAACGAGCGAUAUUGGUUCUAGCAACGUCGUUCUGGAGAUUUGCACGAAGAGAAGAAAGAAGAAACUUUUUGCACUCGUUUUAAAAGCGUGAGCAAAGACAAACUCACCAAAGACAUCAGCUUCCACUGUGACAAAUGUUAGAUAUUUUGUAAAGGCGGAGGAACAUUUCUGUGGAGCGUUUGGGUAAGAUUUGCCGUGAUCUUUGAAGGAGUUUACCGACAGGUUGCAUGGCUAACUGGUGCUCGCGGCACGUCUCUAGCCACGGCACGCGACGGAGCGACCAGGAGAUCGUUCUCUCAGACCAUUAGGCAGCAGCACUAGAUGAGCUAUCUAAAGACUUGGUGCAUCAUCCUCUUCACGUUCGUUGCAACGCCAGAGACUUGAGACUUCCACGCACCGACUGGGCUUGAACUCCAGUCGAAGAAGAAGAAGGCGGAGUCUUAACUUAUUAAAAGGAACUCGCCGAGGCUCGGUCGCAAAUAUGAUGAUGAUGUCUCUGAACAGCAAGCAGGCGUUCGCCAUGCCCCACACCAGUCUGGCCGAGACCAAAUACUCCAGUUUGCAUUCUUCGUCCUCUUCCACUUUGACUUCCAACGCGCCCUCGUCCUCCUGCUCGUCGUCCAGGCACAGCAGCACGAUCAGCAGCAGCGGCGGCAGCUCGGAGGCGAUGCGCCGAGCAUGUUUCCCAACCCCACCGAGCAAUAUAUUCGGCGGAUUGGAUGAGAGUUUGUUGGCCCGCGCGGAAGCUCUGGCGGCGGUGGAUAUAGUCUCGCAGACCAAAAGCCAUCAUCACCCUCCUCAUCACAGCCCCUUCAAGCCGGACGCAACCUACCACACCAUGAACACGCUUCCGUGCACCUCGUCGUCUUCCUCUUCGUCGUCCAUGCCCAUCUCGCACCCGUCAGCUCUCGCGAGCCAUCACCACCACCACCAUCACCACCACCACCAGCCGCACCAGGCACUGGAGGGCGACCUGCUCGAUCACAUCACCCCAGGACUUGCACUUGCUGGAGCCAUGGCCGGGCCAGACGGCUCGGUGGUCUCCACGCCUGCGCACCCUGCCCACAUGGCAGGCAUGAACCACAUGCACCAAGCUGCCAUCAACAUGGCUCACGUCCAUGGACUGCCAUCCCACAUGGGCUGCAUGAGCGACGUGGAUGCAGAUCCCAGGGACUUGGAGGCGUUCGCUGAGCGCUUUAAACAGCGUCGGAUCAAACUCGGCGUGACACAAGCGGAUGUAGGGUCAGCGUUGGCCAACCUGAAGAUUCCUGGCGUAGGCUCUUUAAGCCAGAGUACCAUCUGCCGGUUUGAAUCACUCACGUUGUCCCACAACAACAUGAUCGCCCUGAAGCCCAUCCUGCAAGCCUGGCUGGAAGAGGCUGAAAAGUCGCACCGGGAGAAACUCAACAAACCCGAGCUCUUCAACGGGGCCGAGAAGAAGAGGAAGCGGACCUCCAUCGCGGCCCCCGAGAAAAGGUCCCUCGAAGCUUAUUUUUCUAUUCAGCCGCGUCCAUCCUCAGAGAAAAUCGCAGCAAUCGCAGAGAAGCUGGACCUCAAAAAGAACGUUGUGCGGGUUUGGUUUUGCAACCAGAGGCAGAAACAGAAACGCAUGAAAUAUUCGGCCUGCGUCUAGCUCGACCAGAAGACCAACACGACGUGUCGAGAGACUCCUAAAACUGUUUAGAGACGAUUUGUAAAAUAUUUCUUAUCUCACACCUUUUUCAAUCAUCCAUAACUUGUGCAUUGAACCAGAAUUUCAUGACAUUCAAAAGAGACAUUUGAAAAUACCAAAUCACUGUCACGUAUUACGCAAGGGGGAUGUGGAAUCAUUUAAAGGAUCGUUUGACUGAUCAAGUAAGACCAUUCGUUUUUCCUCACUUAUUUUAGCACACUUUCUAUAUCAGAGGAGCAAGACUCUUUAAACCUUUAAAACUCUUAAACUCUUUAAGCAUAUUUUAGUCAUUUACCAGAAAGUGUUGUGUAUCGAGCUACACGUAACACCAGUAAUUAUUAUAAACUGAUCAAGUAUAAACUGAGAGGGAGGGGGGAAAUACUUCAGGUCAAAAGGGUGACAGUGUCUUGUCAGUGUUUUUCUUUUAAAAUAUUUCUUUCUCAGCAUGUCACGCUUCAAUCUGGUGUUAAUUCAGGGUUCAUUAGAUAAAAAGA